AUGUGGGACGACGAGGAUAACAACCCUUACGGCUCGUUCGCCCGCCACGACUCCAACGCUUCCGAUGUCCCAGGCUUAGGUUCUCCCGGUGCGCUGCCCUAUCGCACCGGCACUCCACCCUCCGGCGGAUCCUCCCCUCUCCACGAGUCGCCCGAGUUUACCACUCAACGUGAUUUGAGCGACGUGGAUUACAAUGAAGAGGAAGCCGAGCAAGAAGAGCGAGUUACCCCGAAGAAGGGAGGAUAUGAUAGCCGAGUCGAGCAGUGGCUGUACGAGAAUCCAGACUCAUCCAUCCUGAUCACCUAUGCGGGGAAGAACUUGGAGGGCGGCGGUGGCUACAUCGCCUAUACCAUUAAUACUGGUGGACUGGAAGUACGGCGCAGAUACUCGGAAUUUGCUUCGUUGCGCGCGACGCUGGUCAACCUCCAUCCCACGCUUAUAAUACCUCCAAUUCCCGAGAAGCAUUCUAUGGCGGACUAUGCGGCGAAACCCACCAAAGCAAAGGAAGAUGCGGGGAUUAUUGAAUUACGAAAGAGAAUGUUGGCCGUUUUCCUCAAUCGCUGUCGGCGCAUGAAGGACGUUCUCGAUGAUGGUGUCUUUUGGAGGUUCCUUGAUCCCAACGCGAGCUGGAGCGAAGUUCUUCACGCUCCUCCGGUGUCCAACCUCCCCAAGAACGUCCUCAAAUCACCUCCGCUCGAUGCCGCGAACCCCACUCUAGCCCACAGCUACCUCCCCAUUCCUUCCACUUCAGCGAAGUUGAAAACAUCCGGUCAGACAUCAAACUCGGGAACGCCCACAUCCCCACCUCAUCAUUCUUCUCUGCCAUCUUCCGCCGCGCAUACCACCCCAGGACCCCAGGUGUUUGGUCGAUUCCCGCCUGAGUCGCGAACUCUAACUGAGGAGGAGCUGGAUCCGUAUUUCGUCAAUUUCGAGCAAUCUUCGAAAGAGCUGGAGACUUCGUUACAGGGUAGCAUGGAGAAAGUCAACCGUCGAACAUUGACACAUCUGUCUGCGUGGGGUGACGACCUGGCCGAGAUGGGUGCGAAGUUCAAUGCAUUCUCUCUCUCAGAGCAGUCGCAAUCGCUUGCCUCUGCUAUCGAGAAGACUGGACAGGCAGUUGACUCUACAUAUAUCGCCACAGCCGAAUUAUCAUCCUCCCUGAGCGCAAGCUUUGCAGAGCCGAUGCGAGAGAGCGCACAGUUUGCAGGAGUGGUGCGUUCGGUCUUGCGGUACCGCGUUCUGAAGCGCAUACAGGAGGAAAUGACGAAGGACGAACUGGAAAAGAAGCGUGCGCUCCUGGAGUCACUCGAACGAAGUGAAGCCGAAGCCAAACGACUGGAGCAGCAUCUGAGCGGAGCAGGCUACUCCCCACCAUCUGCACGGAACCGCUCGACCUCCAACACGUCAUCCCGAAGCAGUGGCCAGGACCGGCGGCCAGAGGAGGACACAGCAUCGAUCGACUCCGACUUCCCACCCACACACGGCGAGCAGGCACCUUCGUCCGCCCAAGGGGAGCCAACGUCGCCGGGCAGCCCGCAUAAGAAGAGCGCCAGUGGUAAUUUCGUGACCAACAAACUAUUCGGGCCCAUAAGUCAUGCUUUCCGGGGCAUGGCCGACGUCGAUCCCGAGAGGACGAGGAGAGAUCAGAUUGGGAAGACGCGGGAGACUUUGGUACAGCUCGAACAAGCCCUCGAGGUCGCAGAAAAAGACACCAAAGACGCAAGCGCAGGCGUAAUGAAAGACCUCCGCCGCUUCCAAGAAGAGAAAGAAAACGACCUUCGCAGAUACAUGAUGGAGUUCGCCCAAUGCCACAUCGACUGGGCCCGAAGAAACCAAGCCGCCUGGGAGGAAGCCAAAGCAGAAGUCCAGAACAUCCAAUCCCAAGUCGCCGAGGAAUGAACGCAGAGUCGCUCACAAAAAGGAGGGAAUAAAUAAACAACAUGCAUAUGUAGCGUACAUCCGAAACACCCCAACCCAAAGGCUCUUAGAGAUUGAUGGUUUGAAUGAAUGUACUGUUUUUAGCGCGCUCGCCCCAAAGGGAAUGUGGAAGGGGUGGGCGGAGGGGGGGGUUGCUGUAAUGUGAAUAGGAUAGGAUAGGAGAAUUGAGAAUAUACCAUCC